CGGAGGCUUUUGCGGAGAGCUCCGCGUCCCUUGGGGGCGGCGGAGGCGGCGGAGGCGGCGGAGGCGGCAGGGGGAAUCCGGAAGUCAACACCAUGUCGAGCCUGCACAAGAGCCGGAUUGCAGAUUUCCAGGAUGUUCUGAAGGAGCCCACGAUUGCUUUGGAAAAGCUUCGGGAACUCAGUUUUAGUGGCAUCCCCUGUGAGGGCGGACUGAGGUGCCUCUGCUGGAAGAUUCUCUUGAACUACCUCCCCUUGGAGAGAGACUCAUGGACUUCCAUCCUGGCCAAGCAGAGGGAGCUAUAUUCUCAGUUCCUGAGGGAAAUGAUUAUCCAGCCUGGCAUUGCCAAAGCCAACAUGGGCGUGUCCAGGGAGGAUGUGACCUUUGAGGACCAUCCACUCAACCCCAACCCUGACAGCCGGUGGAACACGUACUUCAAGGACAAUGAGGUGCUCCUGCAGAUCGACAAAGAUGUCAGGAGGCUGUGCCCAGACAUAUCCUUCUUCCAGAGGGCCACUGAGUACCCAUGCCUCCUCAUCCUGGACCCCCAGAAUGAGUUUGAGACCCUUCGUAAGCGGGUGGAACAGACGACGUUGAAAUCCCAGACGGUGGCCCGGAACCGGAGUGGGGUCACAAAUAUGAGCUCCCCACACAAGAGCUUGGCGCCAUCAUCCGUGAAUGAGUACCAGGUGCUGCCUAGUGGCUGUGAGGCCCACUGGGAGGUGGUGGAACGCAUCCUGUUUAUCUACGCCAAGCUGAACCCUGGCAUCGCUUACGUGCAGGGCAUGAAUGAGAUCGUGGGGCCCCUCUACUAUACGUUCGCCACCGACCCCAACAAUGAGUGGAAAGAGCACGCCGAGGCAGACACCUUCUUCUGCUUCACCAACCUCAUGGCUGAGAUCCGUGACAACUUCAUCAAGAGCCUGGACGACUCACAAUGUGGCAUCACCUACAAGAUGGAAAAGGUGUACUCCACCUUGAAGGAUAAGGACAUGGAACUCUACCUGAAGCUGCAGGAGCAGAACAUCAAGCCCCAGUUCUUUGCCUUCCGCUGGCUGACCCUGCUGCUGUCCCAGGAGUUCUUGCUGCCUGACGUCAUCCGUAUCUGGGACUCCCUCUUUGCUGAUGACAACCGCUUUGACUUCCUCCUCCUCGUCUGCUGCGCCAUGCUCAUACUGAUCCGGGAGCAGUUGCUGGAAGGGGACUUCACCAUAAACAUGCGGCUCCUUCAGGAUUACCCCAUUACAGAUGUCUGCCAGAUCCUACAGAAAGCCAAGGAACUCCAGGACUCAAAGUAACCUGGUGGCACCAGGUCCAGGUUUGGGAGAGAAGCCACCGAUCCCCGUGUCCUGGCUUCUGGGACACGCAGAAGCCUGUGGGAUCCCAGCCCAAGGAGACGCUGCAGGACUGGCCUGCUCCAGACCUUCUCACCUGGCUCCCUCCCCCUAUGCCGCUCCCACGGGGGACACACUGUGCCAUGCUCCUUCUCACCACCAAGCCCUCUCCACUCUUCAGCCCUGGGACCCUUUGCCAAGGCUGCUGAGCAAGGCUGGAGCUCCUGAAGUUGUUUCCUGGGGCUGGGGCAGAUUGGGGGCACUUGGGGCUGGCAAAGGUCUCUUCCCGCCUCUGCUCUGCUUGCCCCUUUCCUCUCCUGCUCUGGUUGCGGGGAGGUGCUUGCAAAUGAGCCAGAAACAGCUUCUUCUGGGGGUUGGUGCUUAGGCUUCUCCAUGGGGCUAGUGACACUGUGAGGGAGCUAAGACGCUGCCAAGGCCAGGCCCAGGUCACACCCUCUGUCCCUCUCACGGAGUGUGUGUGUGUCUCUUCAUCCCCCAGGUGUGUGUCUGUGUAUCUGUCAGUAUGGAUGUGAGGUAGGGAAGGGUGUCUUUGAAUCCCUGUAGGUCUCUGCAUCUCUCUGCCUUUGUCUCCCUCCACCUUUCACAGAGGCUGUGUGUGACGCUGUCUGCUCCUCUCUCGUUUUCCCUCUGCCCUUCUCUCUUGGGGUGCCUUAUCCCCAGCCUCCUCCCCUUGUCCCCUCCACACUUGUGAACCCCACAGACAGAAUGAAGAGCCUGGCUCAGCAAAGCUGGAGGUCAACCUUGGCCUUUGCACCCUGUUCCCAUCCCCCAGCCCUAGGCUCCCAGGUUGCUCAGACUGGGAGGCCACAGUGCCUCUCUACAGGGCCUGAACCUGCUCUCCACCACAGAAAUCCUGGAAAACAAAAGCUGCUGAGAAAUGAAGGCCCAUGAUGCUUUGAGCCUCUUACCCUCCUUUCUGCCCAGGAUGGAGGAGGGAGAAGAGGGAGAGCAGGGUCUUCUGGAGAUUUCCCCAAAAAAGGGCAUUAAGGUGAUGCUGUAUCAGAGGUUGGGAUCCAAGUGCUUCAGUAGUCAUUCCCAUAGCUUCCAGGGCCCAGCCCAGGGUGGGUGAGUCCCAUGAAGGGCAAAUGGGACCAAAGGGAGCCUCCGUAGGUCCAGGGGAGCCCUGUCUGCCCCUGAGCAGGCUGAAGGAGGUGCUGGCCCAUCUCUGGUCACCCCCUUGGGCUGUUCUCAGGAUUUGGGGCAGGUGUACUUGCAGCAGGACCAGCUGGCCACUUCUGCUGCUGGGCAGUGGGAGAGCAGGCUUAUUCUAAUCAAGUCCCCUCCCUCCUUUUGUGAGGAGGCAGGUGGUUUGGGGCUGGAAGGCUGGGUAAUGUGUAAUAAAUAGCAAGGGUCCUCAUUUCCUCAGACUGGCUGGUAGGAGCCCUGUUGCUCCCACAGCCUCCCUGAGUCUGGCAGCCAGGACUUCUGCUGCCCACGCGGGCCAGGCUGUGGGCCAGAAACAGCUUCUCCCAGGUGACUCCUUUACCAGCCUGUCCCUUGGAUGCUGUGGGAUUUUCUGCACUUGCCUUUUUGCCUCCUCUCCUAACACAGUUUUUGGGAGAUUUUUUACUAUUUAUUCAGACGCCUGGUUAUUUAUUGCAGAUUGGCAAGUGUUUGGUUUGGGGAUGAAGGUGGGGGGGCUGGGAAGGUAGAAAGGAGUUGGGGACACAGUCCUCCUGACUUUCUGAAGUCAGACUCAACAUCCUCCUCCCUCUGGGACCUUCCUGGUUCUCUAGCAGGUCCUGGCUGGGAGGGCCCUGAGCUCUGUCAGGGAGACUCAGACCCCUGCACGGGGCAGACACACACUGCUUCCCACAAGCCUGGCCCACCUUCUUCCUAGAACUUGUCAGCUGGUUGUUCAUUUCCACGUGGAUCCCUUCACAGCCUGAGGCUUGGGCCAUAGCCUGGGACCCAGCAGACACUGCCCAGGAUACCUGAUGCAUUCCCUCUCGCCUGUCCCCCUGCCUUCCCUUUUGGGGUUGUACUACUUGAAUCACUGCGUCCGAUUUGCCUCAGUGACAGGCCUGAGUCCAGUGCCCUCUCCUUGAUUUUGGGAUGAAGGCCAACAGCACAUGUCCAGGUUAGGCUGAGCUCUCCAGGAUACGCCCAAGGAGAGGAACUGCCCUUGGUGAUUACCCCUCCCCAGACAGCGAGUGCCCAAGCUUCCUGCUUGGGAAGCUGCCCCCAGGAAUUUGGACGCAGCGCAUUAGGCUGUAUGAAAUCAGCAGGUCUCACUCCAGAGGGUCAAAAUGUUAGUCUGCUUGUGUUGUUGUUUUUUUUAAAAUCAGUUUUGUUCUUUGAAUCAAUGCUGUUGAUGACAAGUCUUUAAUAAACCAUGUGUUCUUUGCAGUGGG